CUCCUUGCUCUCUCCUGCCUUCCUUCGUCAGCCAUCACUUGCGGUGCUGCUGGCCUCGAUUUCUCCGUUAGGGUCUAGCUACACCGUAGGAAUUUUCCAGCGAUCCAGGUAACUCUUCGUCCCAUCCUCGGCUGUCCUUGCCGUUGUUUGGCUUCUCCUCGUUCAUCCCAUAUAGUUUAAUUACCAGGACAACCCGGGCUGUCUCUGCAUGGGCAGCGUCCUCCCCUCUCCAGUGCGGUCGCCGUUGGAUUAUCGGCUUUGCUUGUAGCACGGGGUUUCCCGUGGCAAGGAAAGCAGUCUGAGUGUCUUCUCUUCGUAGUUUGGUCCCCGACGCUUGUAACGAGCUCCAGUCGCACAACACUUCUUCAGCGGUGAUUUAUGGCAUCAAGACCUCCUCCGCCAAAGCCUUGGGAGCGGGCGCAGCAGAGCACGGGAGCGUCGUCGUCGUCGCCGUUCGCUCCGUCGGCGCCGGCUGCCAGCACGUCCCAGGUCGUCGCGGAGGCGGGCACCGCUGGAGCCAACGCGCUCACGUCUGCCGACGCAGCUGCUGCUGGCCGGCCUAUGCCCUCUCGGCCCUGGGAAGGCACAGCCACUGCUGCAGGCGCAAGCGCGGUUUCCCCGUACGGUUCGUCCGCUUACGGCACGGCCGCCAGCACCGCUGGCGGAGCCUACUUGGGCGCAAACCGCUACGGCAGCGGCAUGAGUUCGCUCUACGGUGGCGGGGGCAUGUACGGUGCGGGUGGCACCGCGUACGGCAGCGCCUAUUCCUCCCCCUACGCCUCGAGACUCGGCGGCACUUAUGGCGGCUACGGCGGCGGGGGAUACGGGGCUGGCGGGAUGUACGGCGGGGGAUACGGGUCUAGUUACGGCAUGGGGGGCAUGGGGGGCAUGGGGGGAUACGGAAGCGGCCUUGGCGGGGGAAUGUAUGGUUCGGGGUUAACGAUGGGGGGAAUGGGUGGGGGGAUGUAUGGGUCGGGGAUGGGCAUGGGGAUGGGGUAUGGUGGCGAGAUGGGCAUGGGGCCGCAUCCAGGCGACCCCAAUGCUCCUCCUGACGGGCAGGGCCCGCCUCGCGCGCCUACUUUCUGGGUCUCCAUGCUGCGAGUGAUCCAUGGGGUGAUGACGGCGUUUGGUCGCCUGUGUGUGCUGGUGGAUGAGAACACGCAUGCCAUACACUUCUUCAUCUCAGCACUGCUGCAGCUCUGUGACCGCGCAGGUCUCUUGUACGGUGAGCUAGCCCGGUUUGUGCUGCGCCUGCUUGGCUUCCGCACGCCACCAACUCAGCGGCCCAAGGGGCUCCCCCCUGCUCCUGACGCUGCUCUGCUGCAUGGUGCUGCUCCUGCUGCUCACCCGGCUGGCUCUGCGCCUGCUGCUUUCGCCGCACCUGCCAAGGCUGCUUUCCCUGGUGGUGCUGCGGCUGCUGCAUCUUCAUCGCCUGCACUUGCUGCUGCUGCUUUGGCUGGAGGUGCUGCUGCUGGCGGGGCUGGCUCAUGGGAUAACCUUUGGCCUGGAAAUUGAAGGGGAGGUUUUGCAGAAGGAUGUGUCAACUUAUACAUAUUAUCUAUGUAGAAGUUAUAGGCUAGACUGAGGUAUGCUUCUAGUGAGUACAACCAACUAGUAUUUGUUCUAGGUUUCCACCUCUAGU